AAAAAAAAAACAGCAUCUAACUUUCACUUCACUUGUGGUUCCUCUCUCUCUCUCUCUCUCUCUCACUCUCUCUCUCUACAGCACCCUGGGCAGGGAGAUAGUCGAGCACUCAAGCUACUGAAUCAAUGGCUACCUUCUCCGAGGAACGCGAGAACUUUGUAUAUGCUGCAAAGUUAGCUGAACAAGCUGAACGAUAUGACGGUGCUUUCUCUCUUUAGAUGUUUACUGUGAAAAAUGGUGGAUGCGAUGAAGAAGGUGGCGAAGCUGGACGUUGAGCUGAGUGUGGAGGAGAGGAACUUGUUCUCUGUUGGAUACAAAAAUGUGGUGGGGUCACGGAGAGCUUCAUGGAGGAUCUUGUCAUCGAUAGAGCAGAAAGAGGAGUCAAAAGGGAAUGAGUUGAAUGUUAAGCGCAUCAGGGAUUAUAGGCAGAAGGUCGAGUUGGAGCUGUCUAACAUUUGCAGUGACAUUAUGAUAAUUUUAGAUGAGCAUCUUAUUCCAUCCACAAAUAUUGCAGAGUCCACAUUGUUUUAUUAUAAAAUGAAAGGAGACUAUUACCGGUACUUGGCAGAAUUCAAAGCUGGUGAUGAAAAGAAUGAGGUAGCAGAUCAGUCACUUAAAGCAUAUCAGACAGCUGCUAGCACUGGUGAGAAUGAAUUACAACCUACACAUCCCAUUCGUUUGGGUCUGGCUCUAAAUUUCUCUGUGUUUUAUUAUGAGAUAAUGAAUUCACCUGAAAGGGCCUGCCAUCUUGCUAAGCAAGCCUUUGAUGAUGCUGUCUCAGAGCUAGAUUCUCUGAAUGAGGAAUCUUACAAGGACGGUACCUUAAUCUUGCAGCUGUUGAGGGAUAACCUUACUUUGUGGACUUCUGAUAUCCCUGAAGAGGGUGGUAACAUAUAGAGAUCACAUAAUGCAGUUUCUAUUUCUUUAAGAUUCAUGGGAUGUUACCAAUGGUUUCUGAUCUGAUUUAUUGAGUUGUAUGCCUAUUCCUCCACAUAUGAAAAUCUUUCCUUCAUUCAGUUUUCAUCAUCUCUUGUCCCAAGAUUCAGUCCUUUCUUAUGUGUAUUUGUUGGAGCAAAAAUAGGGAAAUUGAUCAACCCAAAUAUAUUAGUUUUUAGUUAAA